AUGACAGCGAUACUUAGAAGCAACAAAUAUUCGUCCGUUAAAGCACCUAAAGCAUAUAAUACCCACAUUUAUUUUCGGAACGUGGAGGCUGAGUUUUGGCAGCUGAAGAACUAUCUGGAUUUUCGUUUGAAGAAUGAUUCAAAAAUUUCACCAUGGGACGUUGUUUUUGAUGAAUGGCAAUCAUCUUUGGAUAUUCUCACAAAUGACUUUUUAGGCAAGUUUCCUUUAUCCAUAAUUACGUUCUGCAGAGAAUUACAUGAUAUUUCCAAGUCCUUCGAAGGUCACGUCGUGGAACUUACCUGCAAAGACAUAUAUACCGACUUCUAUAAACUUAAUGCUGACAAAUCAAUUAUUGAGAGAAUCGAGUUAGUUGGUUCUUCAAUAUUUAUAGAACGUACAUUAUCAGAACUUUUACAAAGUAAAAAACAACUGGAAAAUAAUGAAGAAAAAGACAAUGAUGAUACUAAAGAAGAUAAAGACGGUACAGAAAAAGAUGAUGACAAUUUUCAAGAUGAUGAAGAAUUAGAUGAAAUUAAUAGAAAUUCUUCGAGUGAAGAGACUGAAAUGGAAGAAGGUUCGAUAUUUGAUGAAUGGAUACUCUCAACUGGGACAAAUGUUUCACAAGUUUUGGAGGAAUUUAAUCCCAUAUUUUUUGGUAUACUUGAUUUGUCCGGCGAAGAUAUAGAAGUCAAAAACCUUUUUACGGACGAUGAAUGGGAGGAAAUGAAAAGCGAUUUUAACGAAACAGCAGAAUUUAAGGAGAUAAAGGAAAAAGAAAAGCUAUACGAACUAUUUGAUAGGAUCCAACAAGCUUUAAAAAACAAGUCAGGUGACGAUAUAACAGAAAUCGAAAAAUGUAUAAUAGAGGGAAAUCCGAAGAUUAAUGCAAUAAGAAGAUUAGUUCAGAAUUAUUUAUAUAAUUUGGAGCGGUUGCAACCAUCAACUUCGGAAGCAUCAUUUUCAAAUAAUUUCAUAAAUAUGAUGUCUAGUGGUAUUUUAACACAUGAUAAAAAGUUUAUAUAUGACGAAGGGGAAAUUCAAAGCUUAGCAUCUGCCAUGAUUGCAAAUUCAACAAUGUAUCCAACGGAUAAAUCCUUGAUUGGUCAAAAAUGUGACUUCAGAGUUACAUUUGAUAGAUUUGAAGCCGUUAUCGGAUUACGCUCUGGAGGAUUACCGGAAGCGUGCAAAUCCAAAAAAUGGAGUGACAAAGUUGAUUUGAUGGUUGCUAUGCGCGAUGUUUUAUUGAAAGAAGGUAUCGAAACCAAUGGAAUAAAAUGUGCGAAAUUCAAAAGAUUAUAUACCAUUGGUGUACACUCAUAUGGAUUUUCUUAUAAUGUUUACGCCAUGGAUUGGAAAGCAAGAGGAUUAUGGAGAUUAGGCUUAUUGAAAAAAAUAAAUCUUCCGCAAUCAAAUUUACAAUUACCUAUAAUCGAGAAAUUGGUCGUAACACUAUUGCGAGUUGAGUUAACUCUUAUUAAUAUCGAAAAUAUCCGAAACGACUUAAUUAUUGAAGCCUCAAGGUUACACAGAAGUGUGAAUGGGCGCACUUCCAUAAUACCUAAACAGUAUUCGGAUUGCCAACAACGCAUUAGGCGAAUACGUGUUCUAAGAAAUAUAUAUGAAGAUGCCUAA